AUGCCGCCACGACGCAAGAAGGCAUCAAGCUCAUCAGACGCGAAGUCGUCCGGUCCUCGCAUGGCCCGGUCCUCCCACGCGUCGCGGGACCGCAAGUCACCAGUUGUCGGCAUCAGUUCUCUCCCAGACGAGCUCCUCGCGAACGGACAUUGCACGCAUGGGGGAGGAGCUGGCGAUAUGGCGGAUGAUGGCGGUCUCCAAGCAGAUACGGGCAGCGGUGGAGCCUAUGCUGGCUCCAUAUCUGGAGGAGAGGGAGCUGAUCGCCCAUCCCAGAAUUUUGCGACACGAAGAAGUCGGUCACAACCUCGAGGAGUUGACAUUGCACCGGAUUGCGACACGUGGGAGGUCUCGCUGCCCAACCUGGCUCGCCUGACCAUGUACGCUGCCGGUCUGCCGAUCUGGCAGCUUGCAGAGAUACUGGAGACCUCAACGCGACUCCAGUAUCUCGCGGUCUACUCCGAUCAUCAGGAUGAACACGGACCGGACGCGGAAGUAUACCCUCUUCGGCUCGACGAACCCAAUCUCGCUCCCUCCCUUCAACACCUCCACACCGUAUAUCUCGCCGGUCAUAUCCAAUCUCUUUUGGACGUCACAGAGGCAUUUCCCAAACUCCCCAACCUACGUUUCGUCACCCUAGACCCAAAUUGCGGUUCAUACGAGACCUACCAUCUCUCAGAGAUCAUCCGAUCUCUCGGAAAAUGCAAGAAAUUGGAGGGUCUGGCGGUGUUCAGAGCUCCGGCGGUGGAUUUUGUUGCAAAGGCGAUGAAGAAGCGACAGAGGGGAUGUCUUGAUAGAGUCAAGCAUCUUGUGCUGGACGACACGGCGGAUGCUGGCUUCUUGCUUAUGGAUGAGGAAUUCAAUAAGCGGAAACCCCAAAUGGCAAGCCUGGAGCGCAUCACCUAUAUACGCCCUCUCCACUACGAGCCCCCACCACCGGCCUGGCCAGAUAUCCUAUACGUACACGACGACCUACAAGAAAUCUUCGACCACUACCCCACCCUCCAAUCUGUACUCGUCGUUUUCGGCUAUCCUCUCGACCAUUUCGCGGUCGACCAUGACGUACACGUGCCGAAUGUGCUCUGCCGGGUCACUCGGCCGGAAGGGGGCGGGCCGAUGCAGCCUGUCGGGUCACAUGUCGCUCCGCGUGAUCCGUGGGAGGGGGUGGACAGGGGGAAUAAGGCGAAAUGA